CAUGAAGGGACGACAAAGAAACACAGACUCCCAUGAUGAGGACACAACCGAGGAUAUGGCAGCAGCUAUUAAAAACACCGACCCACAUCCUGAUCUCCACACGCCGGGUUCACCUUCUCCAUCAUCAUCUUCACCCCCUCUUCCACUGACCAUGCCACCUUCUACAUCUGCCUCUACUCUCCUGGCUCUGGCAUCACCUGCCACCAGGCGCUCCAUUUCCAUGGGAGACUUCCGCAGGGUGACAGGGGCUCUGCUAACUGGUUCUGAGCCUCCAUCCACCUCAGCCACGGCCCCCUCCUCCAAGCUCGUCACCCCCAGUUCCAGCAUGGAGUUCGAGGCAGCUCGACGGCGCCUCCUGGAGGUGGAAGAACGACAGCGGGUCAUCAGAGAGAUGGAGCGGCGGCUGGAGGAACUCAGGGAGGUGUUUGUGCGCUCAGAACAGGAGGUGGUGGUUCACGGGGAGCUGGUUUCCAGGAUAUCUAACGCAGCCCAGCAGGGGGAGCUGUACGUGGCUGAGAACAGCCAACGCCUGAAGAAGGGCCUGAGGUUCAAGAAACACCGACCCACCAUCGUCUUCUCCUCCAUGCUAGGACUCCGCACGUGCCUCCCCUGGCCUGUGAAGCUCAAAUAGGAACAAUGAGGCUUGCAUUUCCAGCUUUGCUUUAGAAAUGUGCUUUACAUAAACAGCUAUAUAUUAGCUAUCACUCAUUGACACAGCUGCUCUCCAGUUUCAACCUUUCUGCUAUUGUAUCCUGAGGCUGGUCCUCCAGGUCUUUAGAGUGCCUACAAUAAUCACAAAUGCUAGUAAGGAGUUUCCUGUUGAGUGUGUUUCUGAGGAAAUCCUCUGGCUAGAAAACCAGUCAAGCCAGGACCAGUGCAAUGUGUACAGGAUGUCAUUAUGUUUUUUAUUGUUUUCACUGAUACUUUGCUGCUUGCAGUUUGCUGUGGUGUUGGACAGAGAUAGUUUAUUGAUAUAGAAUCCUUGGUUGCUGCAUGGAUGAGUAAUAUUUCAGGUGAUGUGGGAGUAGAGGUUCAGACUGUGAGGACAGGAGAUUUGCUAUACUUUACUGUAUCUCUUGACUAAUGCAGCGAUAGAGAAAAAGCCAAUAGGGAUUGUGUAAUGUGAAACUUUCCAAUGGAGAAAAACAGGGAGAGAGAAGGUAAGACAAAAGAGAUGAGGACAAAGAGGACAGCGUUGAAACAUCUGCCUCUCCUGCCCAUUAGAAGAGAAGAGAAGGGCAGCGAAUGAGGAUGAGAGGUGAAGCUGUGACAGGGAUUGCUGCACUGUUAUAUAAAACCAAGGAUGCGGUAAAGAGGCAGGGGAUGGAAAAGAGGAGAAGUCUGAAACAGAGAAGAUGCACAAAUUAAUGUAUAAUUUAGAUUUAGCUGAGACAUUAACAGAAAACGUGCCUUGGCUUCUUCCGUGACCACUCGUCCACUACCACAGCCCCUGUUUUUUUUCGCAGCAUUUAACAAGCAAAGAGAGCAGGAGAGGAGUUCACACUGGGACAAUUCCACCUGUGGCCUCUUUUCAUCCAGUCACCUAGCAACCACUCAUCUCUCGGUCCUAAAUCUGCUUCGACAAACCUACAGAAUGUAUCCAGCAGAGCACUGUAACUACAACACUACUAGACAGCUGUAGAGGUCCUCUGAAGGAUUUAGGAACUGCUGCAUUUAUUUAAAAAUAAAUCAGAACUGGCGGUGUAGUCAAACAUAUUACUGAUACAAGCUUGUUGAACCUGCUCAUUUAUUUGAAGAUUUAGGGUUGCACUUAAAUUAAGCCAUGCAUGCAUAAGUAUCACUGGUAUCGUCAUUCUAAUCAGCUUUUUUAGAGACAUGUGGAAGUUUUCAUUCAGGGUUUGUAUGUCAAAGCCAAAACAGGUUGCUUGGUUAAUUUGAUAGAUCAGUUGAUAACUAUGUUCGUGCACAAAAGUAUCGUUGUCCCAUAUGCAGUGGAUUACCUAAUUUCUACAUAUAGAUUACUCUAAUUUUUCUGGCCUAUAUUCUUCCUUUUUUUUCUCUUUGGAUUAGGCAAUGACGAAGUAUCUCUUGUAUUCAUCUAUUCCACCAAUCCCUUGCUUCAGCUAUAUAUAUGUGUGUGUGUGUGUAGAAGGCACAGCCAAUACAACAGAGAUAUCUAUUUUUGGCAUUCAAAGGUUAUGGUAGAGAGACAGGCAUUCAAUCUCAAGCAUGUAUAGCGAUGUGAGUGCAAGUUAGUAUCCAUCUGUGUGUGCCACUUUCCAAGAGAAUGAAAAGGGAUUUCUGCAAAUGCAGAAUCCCUGAUGGUGCUUCGCUUGCUCUCCUAUCAUAAAUGACCUCACUGAAGAACAAAGGAGCAAGACUGUUUACAAGAGAGGCAUGUGCUUUGUCUGUAUAACUGCUCAAUGUAGGUUUCAUGUCAUACUGUGCACUUAGAUAUUGCAAUUUUAAUUGCUCCCUAGUUGCAAAGAUAGGCACAUCGGACAUGUUACGGCAUCAUUUGGGAUGCGUUAGAGAUGUCUCUUUGUUUCUGUAAAGGGACCAUGCAGGCAAAGGGAGAAGAAAAACAUGCAUGUGAAAUUAGAUGUGAAGAUUAAAAUACAUGGGUUUGGUGAUGUACAGUAGGGUGAUCCAAAUUAGUUAGGGCGAGGCCACAGGUUAGCUUUGGUUAUUUUCUAAUUUUGUUUAAAAGGGCUUAAAUGAUUGUUUUGUCUCAGCUUAUUGGGAGCACAGUUAAACGGGCACUCCACCGGUUUUACACACAAAGCUCAGUGCAAAUAAUAAUAAACAAUAAAGACAAUGAUAAUAAUAAUAAUAAUAAUAAUAAUAAUAAUAAUAAUAAUAAUAAUAAUAAUAAUACAGAUGAUCUCACAGUGCUGUUGUGUCAGCUUGAGCUCAAGGCUUAUCAUUUUAAACAGAACCCCUACAUUACAACUGAGCAUGUGUAGUUUAAUAGAAGUAGGUAUUUAGGACGGAUAUCUGGAGCUUGACCCCAUACAGGUAGUAAAAAAAAAUCUGUUGCUUCGAUUCUGACCAUUCCUUUUAACCAUUUAAUCUGUUCCCCACUUUUAUUGAGGUUCAGUACUAAAUCGUUGGAGUACCCCUUUAAGCAACGAUAAUGUUAGAAAUUCAAUGUUACUGUUGACGUUCUCAGCUUUCAGAUUUCUGACAGCCAUGAUGACUUUAUCAUUGAAUGUUGACUCACUAUAGAAGCAUUCCACAUAGCCAAGGGAACUACUGCUUUUUGUCUUUGUGUACAUCUAUACCAAACAAUAUUCAGCUAAGGUCUUUGUUAGCAGAAUGCUUGUGCAGAAUAAAUAAAGGGGUCUAGUAGGCCUUAAACAUGUAUUUAUGGUCCUAUGUAAACAGCUAGAGUUAUAACUGAAUAUACAGCUGGCCUAUAUAUUGCUUUUUAAUAUGCCUUAUGCAGUGUUUGUGCAUUGGCAGUUACAAUUCUAAUGGUGAUAAUACCAAUGAUGAGAGUGAUGGCAAAACAGGUGAACUCAUGACCAUCACAGCCGUCAUCCAGAAACAUUGUUAUCUGGACAGAAGAAGAAGAAGAAGAAAAAAAAACACAAGUCAAGCACUGUUGUGGGAUUGCACUUUUUGUUUUCCUAUGAAUGAAAAAGAAGACUACGUUUCCCAAAGAUCUGUGGGCCCACUUGCAGAAUGAAUGUAAUGUUAGUUGUUACACAAGUGUUUCUGUUUUUUUUCUGAAGACUAAAUAUUCAGUAUAAUCACAACUGUUUGAACCUGUGGUUGGCAACAAAUUCAUUUCCUGUCUACAGAAUCAUAAUUAUGCAGACGACUGGUGCGCUGGGAACUCAUUACAACUACAGCUCCCACAUCUCUUUACUGACACGAAUGCUGGUCAACCGCAGGUCCAAAACCACUUUCUGAUGUUUAUUUAUCUUGGUGAAUGUUUUAAUAUGUUGUGUUAGUUUAUGUGACGUGUGGUACAGAAUGCAUUUCUGUUCUGGUGAACAAAGCACAGAACUUUUUGUUUUCCUUAAAUCAGGUGUUUCUUACCUUUUAUUCACAGUACAAUGAUAUUUUUGUUGAUUUGAGAGCUGUAUAUUCUACUUUAGUAUAAAUGUUAAGUCGAAUUUUACUCAGAAAAUGUUAUAUGCUUAACAGUAACAGCAGGUUUGGAGUCAAAUUGCUUUCAAUCUAAAUCUGAAAUGAAACAUCCAUUUGCAUAAUUACAUAGCCUUAAUGCCAAAUCAUUUUUUGACAGAUUAAUGGGUAUGAGACCAAUGAGACUAAUUGAAAAUCAGCUGGAUAGAAAGUUAUUUGUCCCCAAACCUUUCUGAUGUGCUAGCACUGUUUCUGAAAAAAGUUUUUUGCUUUCUGCAGUGAAAGAAUGUAUGUUCUGCUAUGUUUUAUGCUUAAAUUUGCUACAACUUAGUUCAUUUUCUUGACAUUAUCAUUUACUUGAGCACAGAGCUACAAUGUUUAAAACUAGUAAUUAUCUAAAAAAAUAGAUUUCAUUUUAAGCAUCAUCAGGUUUUGUAAGAUAAGCUAUUAUUAGAAUAAAAAUGACUAAAAUGUU